UUCAUUUGUUUAGCCAUUCAGUAGCAGCCGCAGAGAGACGAAGAGAGAACUACAGCAGUCAUGGCGGCACCCAUCGCAAAGGAAUCAGUUCAGUGCUUUGGUCGCAAGAAAACCGCAGUGGCGGUGACUCACUGCAAGCGUGGCCGUGGUUUGAUCAAAAUCAACGGCAAACCGAUCGAGCUGGUAGAGCCGGAGAUCCUCCGAUACAAGGCGUUCGAGCCGAUACUCCUCCUCGGCCGCCACCGCUUCGCCGGAGUGGACAUGCGCAUCCGCGUGAAAGGAGGAGGUCACACCUCGCAGAUCUACGCCAUCCGUCAGUCCAUCGCCAAGGCGCUCGUUGCCUUCUACCAGAAGUACGUUGAUGAGCAGUCGAAGAAGGAGAUUAAGGACAUCCUUGGUAGGUACGACAGGACGCUUCUCGUCGCCGAUCCCAGGCGCUGCGAGCCAAAGAAAUUCGGUGGUCGUGGUGCUCGUGCUAGGUUCCAGAAAUCGUACCGUUAAAUUCCUGGUAGUAGUUACUGCCUUUUAAUAUCGUUGUUUUUGGACUAAAUUCAAGUUGAGCUACUGAUGGUACUUGGUUUAUUUUAGUCUUUAUCAAUGAAUUCUGUUUUUUUUAUGUCUA